UUGAAAAUUUUCCCUUGUUUAUGUGGUCCCUAACCUUGAGAUCUUGCCGGAUUGAAGCUAAAUCUGAAUUAGGGUUCUUGAAUCGGCGCAUUAGUGCUGGGUAGCGAUGGAUAUCCAGAGGAAGAGAGUUCAGCUGCUGGUCUUCGUCGCCGGCAUCAUCGCUCUCAGCAUGACAGCUGAAAAAUGCCGGCAAUUCGUGGGAGAAGAGGCAUCAUCACAGAGCGGCAAGUUUACAUUCCUGAAUUGCUUCGACAUGGGCUCUGGAACUCUAGCAUGCUCGGUGAAGGAGGGCGUGAAGCUCUAUUUCUACAACAUAAGGGCAGCCCACGUCGAAAAGGCUAGGCACCUUGCAAUCGAGACUGCGCUUGUCGACGCAUUGUCACAAGGGUUAACAGCCAAGGAUGCGGCCAAGCAGGCGCAGAAAGAAGGGACCAAAGCAGCGAAACUCGCGAGUCGGCAGGCCAAACGCAUAAUAGGACCCAUCAUAUCUUCAGGGUGGGAUUUUUUCGAAGCUAUUUACUAUGGUGGUACUAUCACCGAGGGUUUUCUCAGGGGAUCUGGGACCCUGGUUGGUGCUUAUGCUGGAGGGUUCGUCGGCGAACAGAGACUUGGGAAGUUUGGGUAUCUAGUGGGAAGCCAUCUGGGCAGUUGGGUUGGAGGUAGGAUUGGGCUUAUGGUGUACGAUGUCGUCAAUGGAGUGCAGUUCUUGCUUCAGUUUGUUCAGCCUGAAGAAGGGGAAGCGGGAGUUAAUGAACCUCCAGUUUACAAAAGCUUCGAAGGUUCUGAAGAGUCUUAUGAGACUCCUCUGGGCAAGAGCUCCGACGCUUCCGAAGAUUACGAAGCUCACAAGUCAACUACUUACUCCGAGGCUUCUGAAAAUUACGAUGCUCACGAGUCAACUACUUACUCCGAAUCAGACGAAGAGUUGUAAGUUUAGAGUGCAGGCUUUGGACUGCAAAAUUAGUAAGAUUUUUUUGUACGAUUAGAGUAGAUAAAACACGAUUAAACUGCUCUUUUGUGGUUGAUCAACAUUAUUGUGUAUAUUACUGUUAUAUUUGCAUUAUAGAGCAGAUUAUGGU